AUGGAGGGAGAGACACUGUCAUCGGGGCUCAGGAACGGCAGGGCACAAGUAGACGGGAGGAUUCUGCAGACGUUUCAGAGGAACUUUGCGCAGGUCCAGAGUCUGUUGGACCAGAACAGGCUGCUCAUCAACGAGAUAAACCAGAACCACGAGUCGAGGAUUCCCGACAACCUCAGCAGGAAUGUAGGCCUGAUCCGUGAGCUCAACAACAACAUCAGGAGGGUCGUGGAUUUGUAUGCCGAUCUGUCGGGGAACUUCUCCAGGUUCAUGGACGUGCCUAACUCCUCAGAGGAAAACAACUCGAUCGGCACACUGAGAUUAGACAGCAGAACCGGGCAGAAAAGGUAUAGGACCUGA